GUUGGUGUACUCUAACUCCUGUUCAGUCCUGCUGUGACAGGUGUACGUUAAGGAGUGUGUUCGUCGGCGUUCAUGAUACGUACGUGUUUCGCCAUAACCAUGCUCCCUAUCGUCGCCUUGGGCCUCGUCCUGGCCGCCCAUAACGUGGAAGUGGCCGGCGUGGGCGUGGUAGGCCUAUCGUCCGACUCGCUCCCCCCCCUCGGCUUCGUGCACCGGGCAAUGAUGGAUCAGCGAGGCGCCUACUUCAUGCUGUGGACGCCCGAAGAGGAGCGCGUCGUGAUCGAAGUGCAGGUGGCGACGAAGGGAUACGUAGGCCUCGGCUUCUCGCCAACAGGUGGAAUGAAGGGCGCCGAUGUGGUGCUGGGCUGGGUGGAUGACAAGGGCUUCCUCCACUUCCAGGAUCGCUACGCCUUCGCAUUGCUGACGCCAUCUAUCGACGAAUCGCAGGACUACACGCUUCUGGGCGGCUAUGAGAACGACACACACACCGUCCUCCGGUUCUCCCGCCCGUGGCGAACGUGCGAUACGGCUCACGACUUUCAGCUUUCGGGCGACACAGUGCGAGUAAUCUGGUCCUACGAUGAGCAGGAUCCCACGACGCAGGACAGGAUCGGAAUGCACAGUCACCGCGGUACCAGAAGCCUUUACUUGCGGGAACCCAAGCUCGCGCCUCUGAGGUCCUCGCAGGAUGUCCAGCACUGGGACAUCUUAUCCCCGAGUGUGAAUUUGCCAGAUGACCUGAGAACACUCUAUUGGUGUAAACUGUACAAGAUACCCAAUUUGAGGCAAAAGACUCAUGUUAUUGGGUACGUACCCAAGAUAGAGGAGACCAACCUGCAACAUGUCCACCACAUGCUGCUUUAUGAAUGUCACCUUCCCAACUCGAACAAACAUUUGGAGAAAUUUGUUGCUGCCAAGGGGGCUCAGUGCUAUGACCGCAACAUGCCGUUCUCUUGGUCGGCUUGUAAUACACCUAUCGUUGCUUGGGCUGUUGGUUCAGAGGGAGAGAUGUUUCCAGACCAUGUAGGAGUUCCAUUGGGAGAGGAACAUGGUGGAGCUACAUAUUUUAUGCUUGAAAUACAUUAUAAUAACCCAAAUCUGAGAAAAGGUGUAGUGGACUCAUCAGGUGUAAGAAUAAUGUACACAGAAAAACUGCGGCAGUAUGAUGCGGGAAUCCUGACCCUAGGACAUACUGUAUCUCCCACGCAUAUUAUUCCUCCUGGCCAAAAGUGGACUACUGUGGCCCUUUGUACAGCUGACUGCACAGAUGAGACUCUACCAACGAAUGGGAUUAACGUGUUCCAAGGCUUUUUGCAUGCUCAUCUUCUGGGCUCAUCAAUUUCCAUCACACAAAUACGGAAAGGAAAGGAAUUACCAAACGUCUUUAAAGAUAUGUCCUAUGAUUUCAAUUAUCAGCAAGCUCGAGUGCUGGAGGAAGAAAUGAAAGUCAUGCCAGGAGAUUCUUUAAUAGUCAAGUGUGGCUACGACUCCACCAAGAGAAAAAUGCCAACAUUUGGUGGAUUUAGUACUGAAGAUGAGAUGUGUCUGGCCUUCCUAACUUAUUACCCAAGAGUGAAUUUGUCAGGCUGUUACUCUCGACCUGACAUGGCUCUUGUCUUUGAUACAUUUGGCAUCCAGGAUCUCUUUGAUAAUGAUAUGAAUAUAUUCAAUGACCAGAGUUUCAGUGAGGAAUUCAUCAAUGAGGAGAUUGAGAACUCGUCCCUAACAAGAAUGAAGGACAGAGUAAACAAGCCUGUAGACAUCCACCUUGGAAACAUCUACCGCUAUAUCAUUGCAAAAGCCCCUCAGCGCUACUUCAACACAUCUUUUUAUGAAAUCUUGCAUGAUAAAGCUACCUGGCAGGACACACGCAUGAUCUCCACAUUGCAGGAAAUGAUUGUAUAUGGGCAACAUGAACCUUCAUGUGAAAACCAUGGCAGGAUUAUUAUAGACAGGUUACCAAAGAAGGUCAAGUAUCCAAACUUCAUACCACUUCAAAGAGACGAACAACAAUGUACUCUAGCAGAGAAAGACACUGAGGUGUAUAAGAUUGACACCAAUGUAGCAGUACCAUCAGUUCCAAACAAGAAUACAAAGAUUCAGGAGAACCUGGGAGAACAAGGAAAUCCAACAGCAAAUCCGGUGAAACCCACAGCAAGUAUCCCAUGGCGUCCAGCAAAAGAGAAUGAAGUUGAAAAGGAUUCUCUCACACAGAGAGGAGGGGUUCCUUCUAUUUUCCUGAGUUCCUACCUUCUCUUCACCAUUGUCAUAUUACAUUUGAUACAUGAAGCAUAGGGUUAAACCCAUAUUACUUUAACUUCUCUACUAUGUAGGUUGUAUAUAUAUUACUCCUUGUCCGAGUCCAUAUUUUGAAUGGUUAUGAAUGUGAAUGUCUUUUUUAGAAAGUAUUUAUGAGAGAGAGACUUAUUGACUGAGUAAUUUAUGGAAUGACUUAUGUCUCAAGGUGUUAAUAGACAGUUCGAGAUUUUAUAUGUGCACUUGUAUACAAAAUGUAUAUUUAGAUAUGCUUUUAAUGUCACAUUUCGGAUACUUAUAUCAGCAGUAUUGUGAUACUAGACUAGAUUUUUGCCAGGUGAGGUCUUUGGUAAGAUAUAUUUAUAUUAUGCAUUUUUAAGCAUUAUUUAAUUUUAUUCUCACCUCACAUAUUCUCAUUAUAGGAUAUGUGAAGUGACCAUGCAUACAUGUACAUACAUGUACUCAUGUAUGUACUAAGUUUAGUCAGAUAAAAUGCUUAUUAAGGAAAAAAAAUUGAGAAAAUGUAUAAAUAAAAGGUUCUGUCAUCAAUAUUUUAUAUGUGAAACUGAAUUGUUUCUGAUGAAGAGAUAUUUUAUCAUAUUACAAUAGUUAUUCUAUAUGUAUAUAUAGCAAAUUACCAAUAAGGUUUAAAAAGAUAUUUCUUUGGUUAUUGCUUUAUAACCCCAGCUAUAGGGUCAAUAUCUGGAUCCAAGUUUAAAUCCAAAUCUUUUUUUUCCAUUUUCACUGAUCUGCCUUAAUGCAGCUGAACCUGAUGCAAAAUCCUCUAUGUACCUUUUUCUAGAAGUUCUACUUUUUUAUGGAUAAAACAAAAAGAAUCUGAAAUUACCUCUUUGAUUUACCUAUAAUCAGUUGACACAGAAUGCACCUCUUGCCUUGUCUGUGAAAGACUAGAUGUGCCUACACAACCCACCCAGCAGUGGCUGUUAAUAUACCCAAAACAGGUGGAUGUGCAUGACUAUCAUGAGGAAUACAUAUAUUUGUUGUCUGCAAAAUCAUCACCAUUUAUCUUUUGUAGAAUCCAGUUUCAUAACAUUUCAUCAUGUGAAUUUAUUUUCAUAUAAUUGUUACUAUUUAUAUAAAUAUUUUAUAUAAAUUUGCCAUUGAUGCAUUGUUACAUUUCAUUAUUGAUGACAAACAAGAUCCACUUCGAUAUGCCACAUCAGAAUGGAAUGAAAUACUGAUUUUGUGGCUUUGAAACCAUGUCUCAAUGUAACAAACAUUCUAAGUCAUAUGAAAAAUGUUAUAGAUACUAAAGGAAUAAAGGUUUAGCAGAAUCUCUGGACAUCCAUCAAGACUGGCGACUGGAGGAUACCUGAUGUUUGGAAAUCGCAAAACAUUUACUGACAAGAUCUGUCACCUAGAAGUGAAUUACUUGAACCAUUGCAAUUAAACAAUGGGUCAAGUAAUAUGUAUGCAAUUUCCACAUUUGUAAGGAUAUAAAAAAUAUUGUACUUCUUUUUAUUUAUUAUCAUAUAGUUCAUAUAUGUAUUCUUAUAUCUAUAUCAAUAUAUAGAUAAAUACAUUCAAUUAAACACAAAUAUAUCAUUCUGUGAUAUUCAGUAGUAUUAGAUCAUAAUUAGUGAGAUAUUAAAUUUACCCAACAUAAAAACAAAAUAUAUACUAUCACACUUUUUUUCUGAUGGAAAUUCAGGAUUAGACAAAACUUCAACUCGUGCUUUUCUUACCUUUAUGGUUUAAAAAUGUCAGACAAGUGGUUCCCAAGUUUUUCAUCUACAAGGACCUCUUACUGAAAAUAUCCCAUCCCCCUGGUUUUUAAAAAGUUGUCUAUUUUAGCCAAUACCAACUACAACAAAGUAGAGCUUUUCUCGUUUCACCUCUCAUUUCAAAGACCUGUAACUGAAUAACAGCAUUAAAUGAGGAAGAAGAAA